UGACAGUCAGAUGAAGUUCACUCGUCUACUUUCUUCUAAUAGAAGAUACAACUAUUAGAAGUUGAAGCUCAUUACUCUUAGAUCUGACAUCUCCCAGAAGUUACCUGAGCAUAUUAACUGAACCAUAACUGAACCAUCACCAAGAAAAUGACUUGCCAGACCUACUGCUUGUUUGUUCUCUCUGUCAUCGUGAUUUAUUUCGGAUGUUCUGGAAGUGCUCUAUUUCUUAGUCAACUUCAGCAUGACAUAGACAAACUGAAAGCUGACUUUAACGCAAGUAAUUCAGAUGUAGCUGAUGGCAAUCCUGUUUUUAUAGAGAAACUGAAAAACUGGACAGAGAGGAAUGAAAAAAGGAUCAUACUGAGCCAGAUUGUUUCCCUGUACUUGGAAAUGUUAAAGAAAACUGACAUGUCAAAGCCACACAUCAAAAACCUUUCUGAGCAGCUCAGUACUCUGAGAGACACCCUUUCUGAUGACUUUAAGAAGUUCAAAGACCUCGUGGACCUGUCAAACCUUCAGCUGACUGGCUUGAAAAUCCAACGCAAGGCUGUGAGUGAGCUGUUCAGUGUCUUACAGAAACUGCUGGAGACUUCGACUCUCAAAAGGAAAAGGAGCCAGUCUCCAAAGAGAUGCAGAUGUUAAUGACAUCAUAUGGCCUUUUGUACUGAAUUAUUUUACAAAUUUUAUGAUGCACAGUGUUUUUUUUUUUUUUUUA